GCGGGGUCCAGUCGUGUCAGGGUCCCCCUGAGGGAGAGGCCAAGUCUCACAAAUUCCCUCCCUGACCCUGGCCUUGCUCAGAGCCAAAGGAGGUCCUUGAGAAAGAACCCGCAGUCCUUGGGAACCGGAGUUACGCCCCCCAGCCCCACAGUGUGCUGUUGGGAGGGGAGGUGUCGGGUUACUGCUGGGGGCUAUAGUUAGCUGGGGACUUUGUUUGUCAGCUGGACUCCGAGGAUAGCGUGGCUGCCCCCAGGACUGUCAGCGCUCCUUCCCGCCUGCAGCCUCUGCAGCCUCCAGGUCCGCCCUUUGCCCUGCCCACGCCCCGCCUGGCCCCCAGUCCUGGACCAGGGACCCCUCACACCGCUGGAGAAAGGGUCCAAGUCUUUGUCUGAGCCCGACGACGCCAGGACCCCACCGCUGCUGGUCUCACCCCCAUCCGGAUCUGGCCCUCCUAAAUCCGCCCCAGGGAUGGUGCUGGCGGCUCUGCUCAUCGCCCUUGGCUGCCUCGGCCUCCACGCCCUCUGGCAGGCCCAAGCUGUUCCCAUCCUGCCCCUGGGCCUGGCUCCAGACACCUUUGACGAUGCCUAUGUGGGCUGUUCAGAGGAGAUGGAGGAGAAGGCAGCCUCCCUGCUAAAGGAGGAGAUGGCCCACCAUGCCUUGCUGCGGGAAUCCUGGGAGGCAGCCCAGGAGGCCUGGGAGCACAGGCGACGAGGGCUCACUCUGCCCUCCGGCUUCAAAGCCCAGCAUGGAAUAGCCAUUAUGGUCUACACCAACUCCUCCAACACCUUGUACUGGGAGCUGAACCAGGCCGUGAGGACGGGUGGUGGCUCUCGGGAGCACUACAUGAGGCACUUCCCCUUCAAGGCCCUACAUUUCUACCUGACCCGGGCCCUGCAGCUGCUGCAGGGCAGUGGAGGCUGCAGUAGGGGACCUGGGGAGAUAGUGUUCCGAGGAGUGCUUAGCCUUCGCUUUGAACCUCGGAGGCUGGGGGACUCUGUCCGCUUUGGCCAGUUUGCCUCCAGCUCCCUGGAUGAGGCGAUGGCCCGCAGAUUUGGUAAUGCCACCCUCUUCUCUCUAAGGACUUGCUUUGGGGCCCCUAUCCAGGCCCUGUCUGUCUUUCCUGAGGAGCAUGAGGUGCUGAUUCCCCCCCAUGAAGUCUUCUCGGUCAUCAGGUUCUCCCAGGAUGGAGCUCAGAACCUAGUGACUCUCUGGAGCUAUAAUCAGACCUGCAGCCACUUUAACUGCGCCUUUUUGGGUGGGGAGAAGAGGCAGGGCUGUGUGUACACACCAGCAGGAGGGCAGCCAGAGUUACCCUCUGAGGGAGUCUUCUCUCUGCUUUCCUGGAAGACCCUGCUCUUGGCUCCUGUGGGGUUCCAGCUGUCAGGAGUUGGGCCCUGAAAAUCUACCACCUGCCACUAGCAGUCCUGGGAACUGGUGACCUUCUUAUUAAUAUAAAGAAAGGGGGCUUCAAACAGCCCCAAGAAGCAAGAACAUGGUUUUGGAUCCAGCCCUAGCAGCCAUCUCCCCAACCAGGAUGUGGGAAGACUUGAGGCCACAGCAGGGUUGAGGGAGCCCCGAUCUGUGGUGGGGACCCCGUGAGAUAAGCCAGGGAAGUACUGUGAUGGUUACUUGAUUAAACACUGUUGCAGUGCGGAGACGUA